AUGCGCAACUGGAAUACAAUACUUACAAGCUCUGGAAUAAGACUAGCAGAGGUUAUAUCAGGAGCGGGAUCUUCCAGGGCGUACUCACUGUACCUCCCCACUACUCUUAGUCAGAUAGCCAGUGAUUCCCAUGUCAAAAGUACUACAGAAGAUGGAUGCCGGCGCCACGUUGGUAGCGGAGGUGCCGUUCGGUGGAGUGUGAAGUUGAGGAGUCAGUCUGGCAGAGGCAGUCAACUUGCGUUAAGUCCUUCAGCAGCAGACCUUCAGGUAUGCUCACCUGUGGACCAGCAAGAGGCAGCGGCAAUGGUUGUCAGCGUCGACGGACUACUAGAGCGUUUGGGAACCAGGUACCAGCUCCUGGUGUUCCUCCUACUCGUAGCUUGCCUCAAACACGUUGCCCUGAAUCACAAUCUUCACUAUCACUACCUGACGACUCCGCCUCAUCACUGCAAGUUACCAGACGGAUGGAACGAAAACACGUCCUUACCAACAGUCCUCAUCAGCGCUCCCAAAGGACACGGGAAGCAGAGGGUAGGAUAUUCCAGAUGCGAGAUGUACAUAGAUCCCCAGAUGCACAGGAAAGGGACGAAGGCGUGUGUACAUGGGUACAUGUUCAGACUGCGUGAUGCCGAGUGGAGUAUCGUGGCUGAGUGGGGUCUUGUUUGCGACAGAAUAUGGAUCAAGCCAUGGGUGAUGACGUCAUACCAGAUCGGGCUCGUCAUUGGCGGACUCUUCCUGGGAUUUCUCUCAGACAGGUUUGGACGACGCAACCUCCUCCUUGUUUGUCUGACCGUGGUUAGUUGCUUAGGACUGGCUUUGCACUUCGUUCGAAGGUUGAUAGUGUUUCUUAGUCUUCGUUUCAUCCAGGCUUUCUUUGUUCAAGGCAUGUACGUCACCAGCUGGACGCUCGCCGCAGAGCUCUGGCCUCCAACAUGGCGCUGCAGAGCUCUUGUAGCUGCAAGCGUAUCCCGCCCUUUGGGCAUAGCCAUGGGCGCCCUCAUGUCUAUCUUCGUCCAGCACUGGAGGGCAGUGCAGCUAGCCGUCUCCCUGCCCCUGCUCAUCUCUCUCCUCUAUUGCUGGAAUAUCCCAGAGUCUCUACGAUGGCUACUCACGCGGGGGAAGACUCGGAGGGCGCGCCUCGUGUCCAGCCAGCUCGCCAGACACAACCACCUGGUCCUGCCGCCCACGGUCCACGCCCAGCUGGAGCACCUGGCCGCCCACGUGUACCAGGACGUGCCCUGGGGCAGCUUGGUGACCUUGUUCAAGACCCCGAGGCUUCGGAAGCACACUCUCAUCGUGGUCUUUGCUUGGUUCGCUGUAUCAAUGACCGACAGCCUCUUCCGGAAUGACCUCCCGGUCUUUGGAGACGACGAAGAAGAAGCCAGCGGAGCGGAGACCGAGCUUGGACGAGGGGAACUGGAUAAAGGAAGAAGACCAUUCCAGCGCUCCACCUCAGUCCUUGGAACCAGGAGCGACCUGGGGAUCCUCCUGAGCGCUGGAGUGGAAGGCGCUGCGGUGAUCUUGGCGGCUGUUCUGACGACUCAGUUGUACAGACGGGCUUACCUGGUCAUUCAUCUCAUGCUCACAGCAGCUGCUUCCAUUGUGGUGAUCUCGGUGACGCAGUUAGUGAAAGAGUCAUGGCUGGACGUCCAAGCACUGGCCACAUCCCUCAAGUUCGUCGCCAUGCUGAUCGCAGGCGGCGCCCGCGUCGCCGUGGGCGUAGUCAGCGUGGAGAUAGCGCCCACCACUGCCCGCGCGUCGGCUGUAGGUCUCUGCGCGGCCCACGCGGCGCUCGGCGAACUUCUGACACCUUUUUUAGUACUUGUUGCAAAGAUGAGUUAUUCAUCUGUUCCUUGGUUAAUAUCAGCAGCAGUCUGCCUAGUAGCAGCACUGCUUGCCCUGCUCCUCCCAGAAACCUCUGGCACUAGCCUUCCUGACGUAGUGGACGAAGCAGAAGUGGUGGGACUCUGUUCCAGAGGUGACGUCAUCAAGGCCUGUGACGUCGGGUAUGGAAGGAGUCCUUACUGGGUGGAAGUGGACGGCCUGAUCGUCAGCAGAAGUGUUUCUGAGGUGGGGACGGACGACAGCGACAAGUUCAAAAGCCUCCGUCUCAACCUGGAUUCGCAACUGGUGCCCAAAGAGUCCCAACACGGUGACAAGAAGCUUCCUAGACUGGCGCAUGGAGCAGGACCAUCGCAGCUUAUGGUGCUGCCGCACGUCAGUGACAGAAGGAGUCACUGCAGCUGUCGCCACUCGAGGUCUACGCUGUCCCUCGGCUCCACGUGCUCGCAGUGUUCCGUCAUUUCCCUUGUGGAUGUCAGCCGUGUCAAUGGAAACAACUCUGACACAACUGAUUCGAAUGAUUCUGAGGGACAGACUGAGAAUGUGGCGACAACCAGUGCCGAUCUUCACAUCAAAUCCAAUGCUUUUAAACAAGCGAAAAAAGACCAGAGGACUCUUCACACAGAAGACUCUCACUUUUCUAGCAGCAGUCCAGAAGUACAGGAGGAGAGAAUCAUUCCAAAGACAAAGGAUAUGACGCUCGUAUGCGAUGACAUUUUGGAAAGGAAUGUUUUGCUGACAGCUUUGCAAGGAAACACCUCUUCUACACCAAGCUACAGUGCUAUGGAAAGUGAUGUGAGCGUGUCCAUGUGUUCCUUACAGUUCAAACACAACAUGGGUUCAAAGAUUUCUGUUGGCAGGAAAAGAAAAACUGCUAGAGAUGGGUUGCCUUCUGUACCAAAAUUACCUUUAGCACCUCAGGCAGGGAGGCUGUUGCUUGAAAGGUUCAUGUUACGCAGUUCACAGUCACCUGAGGGGACAAGUGAAACUUCAUCUGACUCUGGACAUAACCUGAAGAAAAAAUCGGAGGACAAAAACGUAAGUGGUAAGAAGAAACUUUACUCACUGUUUGGUGGAAGCCGCGGGAAAGACAAUCCAUCAGGAAAAGAUAAAAAGAAUAGUAAAACAGCUACGGAAAAACAUUCACCAUCUGAGGGCAACAGUGACGAAUCUCUCCCAGACACCCUGGAUUCUCAGCUCGAUCUCGUUUCCACAGAACAGGAAAAGGCUCUCACAGUCAGUUUAAUCUCACCAGGAAACUUCAUGACCCACAACAAUCUCAGUUGCAGUUCAUCUUUGGAGUACGACGUGUCCAGAGGAGGCUCAGAGAUAAUCUCACAUGCUCUCCAAGACGAUACUAUACACAUGAAAGUGUUUGAAAUGGAUCUCGGAAGGGAUGAUGACGAUGCUGAACAGAUGAAUCAAGCUGUGAAAAUGUUCGACAGCAGUGAAGCAGAAUGCAGCAAGGCAGAACCAGAGACCGUGAGUGGAUGCCCUGCUGGGAGAGGUGUAACAGAUGAGCACAAAGGGGAAGCAGACGAGAAAAAGAGAAAAGCAAGCAAGAAGACUUCAAAACAAUCUCAUUCUAAGCUCCAUGGGUCUGAACAACUGGAAUUGGAUGGAUCAGGAAUUGCAGAGCAGUCCUACAUCUUGAAAGCUGUUGACGUUAGGGAUAUUGACAAAACAGAUCUAUAG